GGGUGCUUUGUCUCUAGUCUUUGAUUUUAGUAUGUGAGAGAAAAUACAAACACCAUAUCCCCACACACAAAUCAAUCUUGUAUUCUCAUGGAGAUCACAAAUUUGGAUCUCUAUGAGUUCAAAUACAAGUCCAUGCCCUUGACUUAGGUUCUUCUAUAGUUGUUUUUAAGAACACAACACCUCUUUCUUCAAACUAAUUAAUCAUUUCUCUCUCAAUCGAUCUCUCUUGCCAUGGAUGAAAAGAAUGAGUCUUCCGACAAGUGUGUGGAUGAUUUCAUGCUACCGGGGUUUCGAUUUCACCCGACCGAUGAAGAACUCGUCGAGUUCUACCUCAAACGGAAACUUCAACAUCGAACUCUUCCGAUUGAGCUGAUUAAGCAAGUGGAUAUAUACAAGUAUGAUCCAUGGGAUCUUCCAAAAUUGGCCUCGACCGGGGAGAAAGAGUGGUACUUCUACUGCCCAAGGGACCGGAAAUACAGAAACAGCACGAGGCCGAAUCGCGUGACCGGGUCGGGUUUCUGGAAAGCUACAGGAACUGACCGGCCGAUCUACUCCUCCGGUGGCCCAAGCUCCAAGUGCAUCGGCCUAAAGAAGUCCCUCGUCUUCUAUCGAGGCAGAGCCGCUAAAGGCAUCAAAACCGAUUGGAUGAUGCACGAGUUCCGCCUCCCCUCCGCCUCCACCACCCUCCCGCCAACUGGACAGGAUUCAUGGGCUAUUUGCCGGAUUUUCAAGAAAGCAAAUUCCACAGCAAACAGGGCUGCUCUAUCCCACACAUGGGCAGCCGAAACGACGUCGCCCGACGCGUUCACCUUCACUCACUUCCCCUCCGACAACGACCCCAGCUUCUCCGCCAAGACAUCCACCUUAACAUCUGCAAAUGGAGACUACUUCAGCUCUGGAAACCUCGUAUUCUCCGAAGCGACAACCAACAAGAACACAGCCGACAUGACCUCCGUGUACCUCAACCAGCCUCCGGCAUUGCACCACCACUUCAACGGCGGAUACUCCGCGAUUGAAGCUAGCAUCGAGGGCGAGGAGGAUCAGAGAAAGAAUCCGAGUGUGUGGGAGAAUAUUAGGGCGAUGGGAUUCCCAUUCAGCCUGCCUCCGGCGGCGGCGGAGGAGGCGGUGGUUAAUCUGCCGUGGGAAUCGCCGCCGUGUCCAAGCGAGAUGUCGUCGACGACGUACUCCACCAACAAGUGUUAUAUAUAGUUAUCUCUCUCUAUAUAUGUGUGUGUGUGUGUUUGAAUGAAGGUUGUAAUAGUUUCCUUUCCAGCUCUGUUUUUGGCAAGGCAGAGCUUGUAUAGAAACUAUUUUUGCAUUUCAUGUGGAUGUACAGUUCUCUCUCAACCAAUGUGUUAUUGUUCAAUCAAAUAUGAUGAUUAUUCAUUUUUCA